AUGGAUUUUUAUAUUCCCAGAACCCCCCCCCCCCCCAAUUCCUCCCCGCAUUCCACAGUCGAGGUUCUCUACCAAUUCUCUCCUUUCGCCCGGUCUACCCCUUGCCCUCAUGUCGAAACGUCGUUCUCAUACACAUCUACAUGCAAUCAUUCGUCCGACCCAACGCAUCUGUCCAAAGUGAAUCGAAGUGAUUGGGAAGAGAUGACACAGAGACUGGAUAAUGUGGAACUUCGUCUUGCGAGUAUAGACAAUAAGCUGGAAAGACUGCUCGAGCCACCGAGGGCACCUUAUACACCCGUGGUAGCUGACACGGGCAUCGUCGAAUCUCUCGAGGGUCGCCAAGUUGGAAGACAAGUCACCUCUAACAUAGAGGAGCCUUCCUAUCCUAUGCUCUCUCUGCAAGAGAGGAUGAAAGCACAAACCUCCUUUCCGCCGUUUGAAGUUAAGCUAGCCUUGAUCGACCUUUAUUUUACUCACUGCCACAACAAUCCAUAUUCCUUAGUCCAUGAGAGACAGUUUCGACACAAUUUUCACUCUGGGCAACUGAAGAAUCAUCUUCUACUUGCUGUUAUGGCCAGCGCUGCUCGGUUCGCAGAUAUAGCGAUGUUAGGUCGUAACCCGCUUGAGAUGGCGGUAUAUUUUGCAGAUUAUGCGUGGCAGAUUGCCAGUCUCGAUUGCUUUUCAGGCUCUAUGGAUACGGAUAUAAUCACUGUGCAAACAAUGGCUCUUCUCGCUUUAUUUGAUUUCACUGCCGGUCCUGAGAGGCAUAACUCUGCAUGGGUUAAGAUAGGGCUCGCUGUCCGUCUGGCCCAAGAUUUGCACAUUAUGGAAGAACCUGAUGCCACAUUGCCUGCGUCUGAGAAGGAGGAGCAUCGGCGGACCUUUUGGUCUAUCUAUCUCCUCGAAAGUCUUGUAUUAUGUGGUCGUUACCGCCCUCCGGCUAUCCUCGACGGUACCUUCUUGCUCAAACUGCCAUGCAAUGAACAGGCAUGGCACUCUAACGUGGAAGAGCGGACACCAACUUUAAACGACUUCUGUAACCAUCGAAUUCCUGAGAAUCAAAACUUGGGCCCAUUUGCUAUGGUCAUCAUGGCGGCCAGCCUUCUGAGUCGAUGUGCACAGUAUGCUUUGCAAAAGCAGCCUAUUGGCUCCGAUGAACCCCCGUGGCACCCUAAGUCUGGACAUGCUGCAAUUGUAUCCAGCAUGAUGUUUUUGGAAGAACAGCUAUAG